GUCAACGUCGGGUGACCUCGGUAACAAAGCACAGUAUAAGACCCUCACGAGGACUGCUUUUCAGCUGGGUGCAAUGGGACGUUUCGCCGUAGCACUCUUCAAAAAGUGGUCGUGGACACGAUGCUCGAUAAUCUGGAAUGACACGAGUAUUUGGAAGAUAACGGCCACCAGUGUAAAAGGCAAACUUGAAGAAGCGGGUAUCUAUAUCAAUCCAGUUGUACUUGGUCUACAGGAAUCCAACCAGGCUGCGUUAGACGCUGCUGUGCGGAGAGGAAGAAUUAUAUUCAUAAUAACACCCGUUGAAGCAGUACGAGAUAUCAUGUUGAAGGCCUACAGAGCGGGCUACAUUAACGGUGAAUACGUCUUCUUCUCAGUUCACCUUUUCAACAACACGUGGAGGUUUGGAGACUCGUCCUGGCAACAGGGAGACGGACAAGACGCCGAAGCUAAACAAGCAUUUGAAGCUCUGAUGACGUUCCGCCUACUCGAACCAAUCACAGACAAGUAUAAGGAGUUUAGGAACGAGCUCCAGCUCCGCCGUAAACGUGUAUUUAAUUGGACAAGCCCUCCAGGAGACGACUACAACUUUUUCACCAAUGCAUUCCAUGACGUCAUCAUCUUGUUUUCUCUCGCUGUCAACGAGACGUUGAGUGACAAUGGUAACCUUUCUGAUGGGCUGGCACUAACAAGAAAAAUGAGGAACAGGACGUUUGAAGGUAUUUCUGGCUUGGUUACGGUGAAUGAGAACGGUGACAGAGAUGCUGAUUAUUCCUUGUGGGACAUGACGGAUACUUCCAAAGGCCAAUUUACGGUUGUUUAUGAUUUCUACGGUGCCACAGGGGAGUUAAGGGUAACCGGGGACAUCGUGUGGCCGGGCGGCGCCUCCAAACCACCGCUGGAUACUCCUGAGUGCGGCUUCGACAAUGAAAACCCCGCUUGUCACCACCAAGAUUCAAGUGUGUCUACAACUAUCGUCAUAGCAUGUUCCAUCGUUGCCAUUGCCGCCGUCAUCAUCUUAGGUGUGUACAGAAAACUGAAGAAGGACGCUGAGAUCCAAAGCAGGGCGUGGCAAAUAAAGUGGGAGGAGCUUCAGUUUCAAAGUGAACUUGGAAGGGUACCCACAAGUUCCACCUUCUCCAUUGAAAAUGUAUCCGUCAGGACAGAAGAAGGGAGACAAAUCUUCACAAAAACUGCUUUUUAUCAGGGUCAUACUGUAGCUGUCAAGAGAUUGGACAAAGAUCGCAUUGACCUAAAGAGGAAUCUUCUGAUAGAGCUAAAAAAUAUGAGGCACGUAGGACACCCAAAUCUGGCGCGGUUUAUUGGAUUAUGUGUGGAUGUCCCCAACGUGUUCAUCGUCAAUGAGUACUGCCCAAAGGGAAGUCUGAUGGAUAUUCUGCAGAACGAUUCCAUUAAUCUGGAUUGGCUUUUCAAGUAUUCACUUAUAAGUGACGUCAUAAAGGGGGUACAAUACCUUCACCGCAGUGCAUUGUCAGUUCACGGUAGACUCAACUCCUCUAACUGCCUCAUUGACAGCCGUUUCGUGCUCAAACUCACCGACUUCGGGUUGCAUACGCUGAGAGAGGGCGCCACAGAAGCACAUGGAUGCCACGCCGUCAUGACAAAAUGUCUGUGGAUCGCUCCAGAAUUAUUACGAGAGCCGAAGCUUAGUAUGACGAAGGAGGGCGACAUCUACAGCAUUGGGAUCGUCAUGAAAGAAAUAGUUACAAGAGAGGGCCCGUACGACGCCGAGUCUAAGUACAUGGAUAUGGCGGAGAUACUAGAGAAAAUCAGAGCUCCCCCUGAGCACGGUCCCGUGUUUCGUCCACGAGAAUCAGAAGAGAAGAGGGAUCCUAAUCUAUCUGAGCUUAUGAAAGCAUGCUGGGCUGAAGAGCCGAGGAAUCGUCCCACCGCUAACACGCUUAGAUCAUCUAUGGAUAAUUUCAACAGAGAGAAGAACACAGGAACCAACAUUCUUGAUAACUUGCUAAAUCGCAUGGAGCAAUACGCAAAUAAUCUUGAGGAGCUGGUCGAGGAGAGAACUUCUGCAUUCUUGGAAGAGAAGAAAAGAGCCGACAUGCUGCUCUAUGAACUUCUGCCAAGAGUUGUGGCCAAUCAGCUUAAGCUUGGCAAGAGUGUCGAUCCUGAAACGUAUGACAAUGUGACAAUCUUCUUCAGCGACAUCCAAGGAUUUACUGCCCUCUCUGCCCAGAGUACGCCAAUGCAGAUUGUUGUGUUUCUCAAUGAUUUAUACACCUGUUUUGACGGAAUAAUUGGAGGUUUUGACGUCUACAAGGUUGAAACUAUCGGAGACGCCUACAUGGUUGUUUCCGGGGUACCAGUCAGAAACGGCGAGACGCAUGCGCGAGAAAUAGGCAACAUGGCGCUGGCCUUGCUGGAAGCAGUGUGCUCCUUUAAGAUCAGACACAAGAACGAGAUGAAGCUUCAACUACGGGUCGGAAUACACACUGGUCCGUGCGUUGCUGGAGUGGUUGGUCUUAAGAUGCCCAGAUACUGUCUGUUUGGUGAUACAGUCAACACCGCGUCAAGAAUGGAAUCCAAUGGAGAAGCUCUUAAAAUUCACAUCAGUUCAGAGACAAAGAAGGUUCUUGAAAGCUUUCACUGUUUCGAUGUCCAACUGAGAGGUUCAGUUGAAAUGAAGGGAAAAGGUAUCCAGACGACCUACUGGCUGUUAGGGAGUGACGAUAGACGGUGCCAAAAAAGCAUCACCAAAGACCAAGAUAUCAUGCUCAAAUCAUGAAACGCCUUCUAAAAGUUAGAGUCUGUAUCCGUACAAACAACGAUUGAUGUACAGCAGUCGACGAGAUGCGCCAAUAAUCACAACUAGUGCUGGACAUUAUUGAGACAUCCAUGCAAAGCAACAAUUUAUCUGUCAGUUUGGAGUAUAGUGGUCGCUUGCACCGCCACCUCUCGGACCCCGGUUCAAAUACCAAGCGGCACUACGCGGAUUGGGUUUUCAGUCCCCAACCUAACUUAAUGGGUUUCCAGAGAAUACUUCAUUGUGGCUAUCAUCCCACAUCUGAAACUGGAAAUUCUUUAUUUUCUUCUCUCCAUUGGGUUCUUGGCUAGUAAAGUGAUUAAGUUCUCUGAUCCGAGAGUCCUUUGGGAAUGACCGUGGCUUCACAACCAGAAUAAAUUUCAUGAAAUGAAAUGAUUUUGUUUGUCAUUGUCACACCGAGGUCUUCGCACCCUCUAAAAUAUGUCACACAUUAAGUCUUACCUAAUGCCAUUGAAGAGAUAUCUUCGGCUUUGGUCGUGGAGUUCAAAACUGCAUAAUCUUUUUGUAGGCCUACUUCGAAUGAUUGGCAAAGCAUUUGGUUCUAAAAGUUCAACAGUUACCGUCGAAUUAUCUCUGAAAGCACCUCUCGCACAGUAUUGCAUUCACUCUGCGUUCAUCCCUUUGUUGUAUACUAAAGAAAGACAUAUCUUCAAAACUGUUUAAUACACUGCGUGAACGUUUGUAAGUUUACCUAUUGUUUCAAGUUUUAUGGGUGGACUUGUUUUUGUCUGAGGUCCACGCAUUCCCAUUUUUUCCCUGUGGAUUUGUUGUUUCCUUUGUUUGCACUUUGGCUUCGUUCCAAGUGCCCUCAAUUAUUUAGUGAUGGUGCAACAAUGUGAAUUAUAACACACCUCUUGCUUGUUCUGUAUUCUGGUUGGCUGAAACACUGCAUAAACUAAUUAUUAGUGAUCGCGCGCGCAUGUUUUGCGGGAACAAGUAUCCAAGCGGGCACCAGUCUUUGAAAAUAGACCUUAUCGCAAAUACCAAUGCGCAAGCGCAGACUGUUGAAUGAGGUGC